UAUUUAUUCAUACACAUAUACACUCUUUCUCUCUCUUUCUCUCUCACAUCACAUACAGCCACAACGCACGAAACCCUCUUCCUCUUUAUUCUUCCCUUCUCUUUUCCAUCCCCAAUUCCUCAACUUCUCCUCUCUGCAAAUAUCAUUCAAAUCCCUAUUCAUAUACAGAUAUAUAUUCAUACUCGCAGAGAGUGAGAGAAUAAAGGAGAGAAGAGAAAUUAGGAAUGGAUUCGGAUCAGGGAAAGCUUUUCAUCGGUGGGAUUUCAUGGGAUACUAAUGAGGAGAAGCUGAAGGAGCAUUUUGGCAAUUAUGGUGAUGUUUUGAACACUUCAGUUAUGAGAGAGAAGAACACUGGCAAACCUAGAGGUUUUGGUUUUGUAGUUUUUUCAGAUCCUUCUGUUCUUGAUAGGGUUCUUGAAGACAAGCAUGUUAUUGACGGCAGAACGGUUGAUGCGAAGAGGGCAUUCUCAAGAGAGGACCAACCGAUUUCUGUCACUUCAAGAACUGGAAACUCUAAUUCAGGUUUGAGUUCAGGUAAUGGUGGAAAUAUGAGGACCAAAAAGAUAUUUGUUGGAGGGUUACCCCCCACUCUGGCUGAAGAAAAAUUUCGUCAGUACUUUGAGGCAUAUGGACAUGUAACUGAUGUUGUAGUCAUGUAUGAUCAGAAUACUGGACGACCAAGAGGAUUUGGGUUUAUUACAUUUGAUACUGAGGAGGCAGUUGAUAGGGUUUUGCACAAGACAUUUCAUGAUUUAAAUGGUAAACAAGUAGAGGUAAAGCGUGCACUUCCAAAGGAUGCCAAUCCUGGUGCAAGUAGUCGAAUGAUGGGUGGUGCUGGAGGUGGUAGUGCAGGAAUGGGUGGUUAUCAAGGGUAUGGGGCUUCAGGUGGCAACCAAAAUGCAUAUGAUGGUCGUUCGGAUUCUAGUAGGUAUAUGCAGCCUCAAAGUGCUGCAGGUGGAUUCCCAACUUAUGGCUCCUCCGCUUAUAGCGCUGCUGGAUAUGGGUAUGGUUCGGCUAGCAAUGGCCUUGGUUAUGGUGCAGCAUAUGGAGGUUAUGGCGGUGCUACCGCUGGUUAUGGUGGACCUGCCGCUGCAACGUAUGGGAACCCAAAUGUCCCUAAUGCUGCUUAUGCUGGUGGUGGCCCAAGGAGUUCAUGGCCCGCUCAGGCUCCCUCUGGCUAUGGCUCUAUGGGUUAUGGAAACACUGCUCCUUGGGGUGCUCCAAGUGGUGGUGCUGGAUCUGGUUCAGCAACUGCAGGUCAAUCCCCCAGUGGAGCUGCUGGAUAUGGGAAUCAAGGUUAUGGGUAUGGUGGUUAUGGUGGGGGAUACGGUGGAAGUGAUAGUUCUUAUGGGAAUCCAGGUGUAUAUGGUGCUGUUGGUGGGCGUACUGGGAGUGCUCCAAGUAGUAAUGCUAGUGGUCAGAGUGGUAGUGAACUGCAAGGUAGUGGUGGAAGUGGCAACUAUAUGGGCAGCGGCUAUGGAGAUGCAAAUGGAAAUUCUGGUUAUGGAAAUGCAGCUUGGAGAUCUGAGCAGGCUCAAGCAUCUGGUAAUUAUGGGACUCCCCAGGGAAAUGGUGGGCAAGUUGGUUAUGGUGGUGGCUAUGGUGGUACUCAGACUCGACAAGCCCAACAACAGUAAUUUUGAUAGUUAUCUUUUGCUGGGUCUUGAACUUGACUUGAGGGUCUCUGCCUGUAUUCUUAAAACAUGAGCUUACAAUGAUUUCUUUCAGCGGCAAAGGAGUCACUCACGUUCGACGUUCAUACACAAUGGGACUGGUUGAGUUGCUUGAAUCUCAGUAGUUUGCAGUAUUUGCUUUCCUAGUUUAUAAUAAGUAGAAUGGUUGAAGAGAUACUAGAUGAUACUUUCUAUUUUAGUAUUUGUUUCUGGGUGUAGUUUUAAAUUGCGUGUUUAUUGUUUUAGUUGAUAUGGUAUGGAUUGUCAGUUCUUGUAGCAUUUGAGCUAUAGUAUUUAUUAUAUUUCACCCUA